UUCAUUUAUGGUUAAGCUUUUCUUCUUCAUCAUUCUCACCAUUAUUCAAGGAAUUUGUUAAAUAUAUCAACAAUAGGAAGAGGGAGAGGGAGAUGCAUAUAUCCACAACAACUGGUUUCAAGAAAUCUCUCUCUAACUCUUGAGAAAAAAGGCAUGACAUUUGGAUGGUGAAACUCUAGCAAUGGCUUCAACAUCUUUGAGCAAGCAGGGUCCACUUCCUGUGAAACUACCAGCCUUAAACUACAUCCCUUAUCCGCAACCAAUGGCAAGUUAUGAGGAUGUUGUGGCCUUGAAUAACCUCUUCAUGUUUACUUUGGAGAAGCUCCAUGCUGCGAUGGGUACCAAAUUCAUGAUUCCUAUCAUAGGGGGCAAAGAGUUGGACUUGCAUCAACUUUUUGUGGUUGUUACUUCUCGUGGUGGCAUAGACAAGAUCAUCAAGGAAAAAAGAUGGAAAGAAGUGACUGCUACCUUCAACUUCCCCUCUACUGCCACGAAUGCAUCUUUUGUGCUGCGCAAAUAUUAUUUUUCAUUGCUUUACCACUACGAGCAAAUUUAUUUUUUCAAAGCCCGCAGUUGGACACCAAUGCCUACUGAUUCUUCACAGAGCCCACCUAUAGCACACCAUCCAGUACAAAUGACCACACAGCCUUCACCUGAAGUUCAAGCAUCUGCUACGGCUACCUAUCAACCACAUAUAAAUGCAGCAGAGUUUCCUGGAGGGCAAACAUCAUCAGCGAAUUCCCCAACGACAGUGGUAGGGGUCAUUGAUGGGAAAUUUGAAACCGGUUACCUUGUUACGGUCACAGUAGGCGCAAAGAAACUUAAAGGUGUUGUAUAUCACACUCAACAGAACCCAGGAUGGCAAGUGCCACGACAUUCCAGUGUUUUAGCCAACAAUGGUGAUAAUUCUAAUACUGUACCUCGCACGCAUCGUCGCCGGCGGAGGAAGAAAAGUGAGAUAAGAAAGAGAGAUCCUGCUCAUCCAAAGCCUAACAGAAGCGGCUAUAAUUUCUUCUUUGCUGAACAACAUGCAAGGCUUAAACCACUUCACCCUGGCAAGGACAGAGAGAUCAGCAGAAUGAUCGGUGAAUUAUGGAAUAAGCUACGAGAACCUGAAAAAUCGGUGUAUCAGGAGAAAGCUAUCAAAGAUAAAGAAAGAUACAGAAUAGAAAUGGAGGAUUACAGGGAGAGAUUGAGGACUGGUCAUGUCAUCAGCAAUGUCGUGCCUCUACAACAACGGCUUCCUGGAGAAGUUGUAGAUAUGAUGGAAACAUAUGUGAAGGCUGAGGAAAUCAAUGGAGGCGACUCUCAGACACUGGACGAUGAGAGUAUUUCUGGCGGAAAUGAUUCUGAAGAUGAUGAAAUCGUUGAAGAAACGUCUUUGGGGAUGGGAGUAGGUGCUGCAUCUAGCAACGUGGGAAGCGAGGCUUUAGCUGAGCAGGCUACUUUUGAUCUGCACAACAGAGAAGAAAAGGCUGUAGAAGAUGAACAUGUUGACAGAAACUUAGCUGACGAUAUGGCUGAGACAAAGAAAGAAUCAUUGCCGUCUAGCAAUGAAGAAUAAAUUUGAAAGGACAUGCUGGGGGCCAAGUUUUACUAGAAUAAGAAGGAAGAAACACCAUUAGGGAUAAAGUAGUAGUAAAAUGUAGUUCCAUACUUACAUUUGUUUAUGGUAUGUUACCUUUUAAUUCGUUUUCUUCUGUAUUUUUCGCUGUCGUUUCCGAAGUUGGCACAACGUCCUGGUAAGGCAGCAGAGGUGCGGAAGUUAUUGGAUGACUUCUGGCAAUUUUGUAGCAGAGGUUUUUGAUGCUGUUAUUGAACUUGGCCAGAGUGAGAAUGUUUGGUGAAUUAAUAUUUGAU